AUGACCACUUCCACACCCACCGCGUCGGUGUCGUUGAGUACGAAUGCGCUGUCGGUCAAUGUCAAAGACAAGAAUAGGGUGCAUGACAUUCCGUUUCGAGACAUACUUCAUGCGUCGUUCGACAAUGAAGCUAAACGUGCCAGAAUCGCGUUCGUGAGGAAAUCGAAGGGCCGUCGCGUACUCUCCGAGGUCCAUCACGUCGUCCAUGACAGUCACUCGGAAGAGGCAUCCGCAUGUCUUGACAAGGCCAUGACCGAAGCUUAUAGCGGGGUCAAGAAGGGGCGAAGGAUCAAGGUUCUGGUGAAUCCGUUCGGCGGCAAGGGAAAGGGGCGAGCUAUCUUCAUGCAGAAGGUGGAACCAAUACUCAGGCAUGCCGGGUGCAUGCUAGACGUCGUCUACACAACCCACAGUGGGCAUGCUUAUGAGAUAGCAAAGACACUUCCGCUAGACCAAUUCGAUGUCAUAGUGACAGUCUCCGGCGACGGACUUGUCCAUGAAGUGAUCAACGGUUUUGCGCAUCACGAACAUCCCGUCAGAGCCCUUGCUAUUCCCAUAGCCCCAAUACCCACCGGCUCCGGCAAUGGCCUGUCUCUCAAUUUGCUUGGCUUAGAGGCUGGCUCUGAUGUUGCCGAAGCCGCUUUGAACGUGGUCAAAGGGACUCCUAUGAAAGUCGACCUAUUCUCUUUCGUACAGAAUAAGAAACGCUCGAUUUCCUUCAUGUCGCAAGCACUUGGUCUGAUGGCGGACCUGGACAUUGGUACGGACCACUUACGGUGGAUGGGCGAGACACGGUUCAUGUAUGGAUUGAUUCGCGGAGUCCUGCGGUUCAAGCCAUGUCCUAUCCAACUCUCCGUCAAAAUAGCAGAACAGGACAAGACAAAGAUGCUCGAAGCACUUCAGGCUCGACGACAAACUCAGAGCAGUGCUUCCAGCAGUACAAAUGCCUCCUCGUCUUCCUCUUUGCCACCCUUAAAGUUCUUGCCUGAAGACAAGGAUGGGUGGACGGUUAUUGAUGAGCCUCUACUUUACGUCUACGCUGGCAAAGGGCCAUACGUCGGGCGAGACUUCAUGGCAUUUCCCGUGUCAUUGCCUGAUGAUGGCCUCAUAGAUAUUACCAUUCAACCAUUGUCAUCGCGCAGUGAUGUUUUGAAGGAAAUGGAGGGUGCUCCGCGAGGUGAAGCGUAUUGGAGUCCAAAGCUCAAGUACUUCAAAGCACAUGCGUAUCGCGUGAAGCCUCUGACUCCCAAUGGUGCAUUGUCUGUAGAUGGAGAACCGUUUCCUUUUGAAGAAUACCAAGUGGAGGUCCACCAGGGAUUGGGCACACUGCUCAGCCCACAUGGCGUGUAUGUAGCAGACUUCGACGGGCCACCCAGCAGGCAUCAGAAGUAG